UGCGGUGUAUGAUGAAUAGAAAACUAAAAAGUCUCAAAUUAUGUCAAAAUAAAUGAUUUGGGAACUUUGUUUACAUUUUAUCCUCACCAGCUUGAACUGCAUAAAAGAGUGAAAUCGUUCCCCUGCUCCUGAUUUUCUUGCAUAGCUAAGUUUUAACGUUUUUUUAUCUUUUCUGAAAGCUUCAUUGCUCAUUCUUCCAUUCAUAAUGUGGGGUACUCAAGGUUGGAAUCAAUGGGCAUUGCAACCUGCAAUGUUUAACGAUGUGCCACACGAACAAAUUGAUUGGGCUGCUUUAGCCAAACAAUGGAUCCAGAUGCAGCAAUCUCCGACGGACGGGCCAUCGACUGCCCCUCCACCUGUUACAAUGAAUGCUCCCAUUCCUACACCUGCUCCUGUCAUGUUACCUUCAGGGCAUAUUCCAAUGUUACCCCCAGAAGAAAAUAAUAUCCCUUUGCUCAAAACUCCUGUACCUUCUGGAGGGCUGCAGGAACCUUUUCCCCCAGAAAGGCACUUUGAAGGUGAACCAGGUCCAUUUUUGCCUAAAACAGUUGAUAAUACUUUUUGGAAUAAACCUCAGUGGGAGUCUAAUACAGUUGGUGAUGUUGAUGACAGAGUUUGGCCAGCACCAGCCGUUGAACCUGCAGCACCUCUAUUAGCUGGGAAAGAGACUUUUGAUUAUGGUCAUAUGCAUGAUAAUCCACCCUUAGCAAUGCAAUCUAUUGAUUAUAAUCACAUGUCCGAUUUCCCUCCGUAUAAUCAGUGUUUAAUAGAUUUUAGGUAUCCCAAAAAAGAAAGAAAAAAAGAAAAAAUAUUGAAUAUAAAGAAGAUGAAAGGAAUACAAGUGCCUGGCUAUCCUCCUGAGAACCAAUAUGAUCAGUAUUGGUCUCAGGUUAAUGCUGCUCCUACUAUUUCGCCUAUAUUUUUGAAAAAAGAACGUAGCAAUGCUAAUCUUCCCGUUGAAGAAGAUACAUCUCAAAUAGAUGCUGCAAAAAGGAAACAGUUACCUGCAUGGAUUAGAGACGGCUUAGAGAAAAUGGAGCAAGAGCGUUUAAAGCGUUUAGAAAAAGAAAGAGCUGCCAAAGAAAAAGCUGAAACAUUGGCUAAAAAAGAAUCCCUCAAAAAAGAAUUGAACCCUGAUGAUUCAUCUAUGUUAAUUCCUUCUAAAUCAAAGUUUGAAAGUGAUAGUGAUGUAGAAGCAGAUGAAGAAACCGAUACCUACACAGAUGUCAAACCAUUGCCAGUACCGAAACGUGUUCCAUCCCCCGUUGAAGAUACCAGAACUGAAGAAGAGAAAAAACAAGACAUGAUGCUAAAAGUACGUCGGAUGUUGACAGAAAUACUGCUUUCUGUUACAAAUGCAGAAAUACGUGCUAUCGCUCAAGAGGUUUACAGAAAAGCAGUAUCUAAAGCUCCAGCUCGUCAGCUGGCCUCAUCGGCGUCACUGACUUCUGUAGCAACUGGAUUACAUGGUCUUGCCAGCUAUGGGACUGAAAGUGAGGCCAGUGAAGAUGAAGAGGAGAUUGAAGCAUCAGAUUCUGAUGGAGAACUGUACCGAAAGAUGAAGGAAAAGAAGAAGCUUUUUGCUCUCAAAGAGAAAAAGAUUAUUGCCGAGUUGGAACGGCAAGAACUAGAUGAACAUACUGAACAAGGGAAAAUAAGAAAUGAAAAACCUGAGCCAAACUCUACAGAUGUAGAAAAAAAUUCAAAGCAAAUUCCUGAUCCUGAAGCCUUGCCCGAAACAAAGUUUGACACUAAAACUGAUGUCAUUCCUUUUUUGGAAGCCUCGACAGAGCUUGCUUCAGAUGAAAUCCCAUUUAUAAAAAAUGACUCCAGUGAGGUAAGAAAUGAUGCAAAAAAAUCCAAGGAAUCAGAUGGCAAAGCACCUGUUAAAUCAAAAAAAAGUGAAGCUGCGGACUCGCAUACUUCAGAUUCUUCAUCCAGCUCUUCAGAGACUGGAACCGGAUCCGAUGAAUCUGUAAAAAAGAAGCGACGACGUUCACGGGAAAGCAGGUCCCGGAAGUCUAAAAAACGAAGUAAAAGCCCGUCAAAACAAAGCAGCAGACACAGGCGGGGCAGGAGCAGAGACAGUGACAGCCCUGAUAGAUCCAAAAAAAGUGGUCAUGAUGAGAAAUCUAAAAGUAGCUCUAAAAAGAAAAAGAAAUACAAAAGGAGUGACAGUAGUAGUAGCUCAAGUAGCGCAACUAGGAAACACAAGCAUCGCUCUAAAUAUGAUUCUAAUCACAGUCAUAGGGAGAGAAGAAGUCGUAGUUAUGAUGAUCGUGAUAGGAAAAGCAGACGUAGUGGUAGUUCUUCCAGGACUUAUCAUAAAAGUGACUCUUAUUCAUCUAAAUCAUCUAAGUAUGGUGAUGGGGAUAAAUAUGACAGGAGACAUAAAGAUGAGAGAAAGUAUAGAGAUCACAGAAGAACUCCUUCACCUCAUCACCGAUCAUCAAAAUUACCCAAAAAAUAUCGUUCAAGUAGAUCUCCCAGUUCUGAAAGUGAAUACUAUAGUAAAAAGUCAAAAAAAUCACGAAAUCGUUGAUGUACAAAUAAUAGUCUUUGCUGAAUGUAAAAUAUUCAUUCAUAAUUCUACUUGAUACUUAGGAUAUCAAUCUUUGUAAAGUCAAAACUUGUUUGUCUUGUUUGUUUUCCCUAUAUUUGUUCUACAACACAUAUAUUUUUAGUUGAACGUUUUAAGUAGAAUGCGUAGGUUUUUCUUCUGAUGACGCCCUAAAAGCCAAAGAAAAUCUUUUGCUUUUGAAACAUCCAAUGUUCUCAGAAAAUUAUGGAAAAAUGAAAUCUUUGUGCAAAAUAAACUUGAAAUAUUGUUUUUAAAUCUGGAAAGAGGACAAUUUUUUAGGCCUACUUUAAAUUAUUUGGUGAUUUUAUGGUCUAAGUUUGCAUGGUUUUAGUGUUUCUAAUGCUAUUUGUUUUAGUUAUACUUAAUCUUUGUAUCCCUUUUUCCCUACCACUCAGUAUAAUUUCUUUUUCAACAAACCUUUUUUUCUUUUUUCUUAAUAACAAUAUAGAAUGAAAUCUGUUCUGCAUAUAAAUUUCUUUUUUUUAUUUACUUCACUUUAAAAAAAAAAUUUAAUUUUUAUUAGUAAUGCAUUAUUUAAAAAACUAAUAACUUUCAUCGUAAUUUUUUAUAGUAAUUUAUUUGAUUUUGUGUUUCAACAUUAUGUCAUUACUAAUUGCUUAUAGUCGAAAAAUUUAUUUUCUCCCCCCCCCCCUUUGGGAGUGGGUGUUGGUAGUAUGUAUUUAGACUAACUUUCUAUAAAUUUAAUGUUUAUUUAUUAACUUGAGAAAAAAAGAACUAAUUAAUGUCUUAUGAAUCAUCUAGGAAAACAAGUCAAAUUCAUUAUUUUUUCCUUCUGAAAAUAUUUCAUUCUUUCAAUAUUCGGUAUAAUGGUUCUACUUUCUCUGUUGUUUCAUUUGGCCUUUUGAUUUUUCUUCCUCCCCCCCCCCCCCCCCCAAUAAUCAUUCAAGAUUCUUUUAAAAUGAAAAAAAUAUCCUGUGCCCCAUAUUCUUAAAAACUUGCCUAUACCCAUAUAUAGAUAUAGAUUUAUAGGCUAUUCUAUACCAGUACUCACAAGUUCACCAACUGCUUAAGUAAAUUCAGAUUUUUUUUUUUUUUUUACACCUUCUAUGUGUGUAUUCAACAUGAAAACUGCAAUAAUCAGUAUGUUGCCUCAGGGAAAAUUUGCAAAAUAUUUGAAGCCAAUUUUUUUAAGAAUAAAAUAUCAAUUGGCAAGCAAAUAUUUUCAGAGCAUAAUAACAAGAGUAUUUAUUAAUAAUCUUGUGUUUUCAUGUGAAAAUUAUCAACUGUAUUUUUUUACAUCAGUGAUGUGUUAAGUGCAUCCUUAUUAUUCAAAUUAUAAGUGGCUUUAGACAAUUUGAAAUAUAUACUUUUCAAAUACUGUUGCAUAUAUUCUUAAUUCCAGUCUAAAUAUUUACUGAAUUCUGCAAAGUGAAAGGUAAGAAAAAUCAUUGAAUCCUUUGUUAUAAAUUUUAGAGUUAUUUUCAAAAUAUCCUGUAUUUUGUGCAAUAUAAGUACCAAGUAAUAAUUUAGAUAUCAAGAAUGAGGGGCUUUCACUAAUGGAUAAUUCUGAUUUUUUUUUAAAGAUAGCCGAGUUCUGUGUGGCAUUUUACCAUGCUAUUACAAGCCAAGUCCUUAGUUUACAUACUGUUUAGUAUUAAAACUAUAGACAUGGCUUACUAAGCAGUGAACGCUUUGCUGGAUCUUCUGCAUUAACUGUCCGUUAGGGAGAUGCAAGCAUAGAAGCAACAAGAUACUGAUUUUUAGCUGCCCCCCUCCCCCCAACCAAUGCUAAACUUCCAGAAAUGUUUUUUUAAAUUAC